CUCGACAGGAUUCAAUCACAAGCGUCCUCUGGCGGCGAAAUGAUGCCCAGAGGUUUUUAUUGCAGCCUACAGGCGGUCCGGCAGAAUUACGAGGCGUUAUGCUGGAGCCUGACGUGAGCGCGACCAGCGUCAUAUGUGAAAUGGAACGAGCAGGCCCGCGCCACAGCUGCCACCACGGGAGCUACCAAGUUACUGCACGCGCCACACAUCCGCCCAAACGCAUGUUGGUGCCUGAGGCUUGGGCUCCCACAGCACGCCAGGGGCUUGGUGGCUGUGCGCAAUUGCCUCCAGGUGCAUUUAGCCCCCCCAAAUAAAGACGGUGCUGGUCGUGGUUGCAUGGGGGGGCCGCCCGCCACCACAGACCGACUCGACACGACACACGAUCUCAUCCAUCUCUUCCUCGUCCUUCUGGCUCGGCCCCGCGACGCCCGUCCUCGACGCAGCGCCCGGCAUCUCACCAACUCCCUUCGCUGGCAGCCCUCCACUCUCCCACACGGCGACACGGCGUCCAUCAUGUCACGACGCGCCCCGAACCCCGCCGCUGAGCGGGCGGCGCAGAACCAGGCCACCAUCAAGAGCCUCCUGAAGCUCGAGCCCAACAAGGUCUGCGCCGAUUGCAAGAGGAACAAGCACCCCCGAUGGGCCAGCUGGAACCUGGGCGUCUUCGUCUGUAUCCGCUGCUCGGGCAUCCACCGCGGCAUGGGCACCCACAUCAGCCGCGUAAAGUCGGUCGACCUCGACUCUUGGACCGACGAGCAGCUCCAGAGCAUCCUCAGCUGGGGCAAUGCCCGCGCCAACAAGUACUGGGAGGCCAAGCUGGCCGCCGGCCACGCCCCCUCCGAGGCCAAGAUCGAGAACUUUAUCCGCACAAAGUACGAGCUCAAGCGCUGGGUCAUGGACGGACCCAUGCCCGACCCCGCCAGCCUCGACGUCGACGGCGACGACGACGUGCCUCUCAGCCUCGUCAAGGAGAAGCAGGCCAUAGAGAGGAAGGAGUCGAUCCGCAAGUCGUCCAUCGGCCAGUCGCAGGCCCCGCGGCGCGCCCCCGAGGCCGACCUCAUCGGUGGCGACGACCCCGUCCCCGCCAGGGCGAGCACCGCCAGCCCUGCCGCCAGCCGCGUCGCGCCCAAGGCCGAGCCCGCCGCGCCCAAGGCGACAAACACCAAGGACUCGCUGCUGGGGCUCGAUUUCCUCGGGGGUUCGACGGCCCCGCCCCGGCCCUCCAGCACGCCUGGUGUCACCUCGCCCGGCGGACAGUCGCGGCCCGACCUGAAGCAGUCCAUCCUCUCCCUCUACGCCACCGCACCCAAGCCCCAGCCCCAGCAUCAACCACAGCACAACCACCCCCAGGCCCCGCAACAACAGCACGGCCAGUUCGGCGGCAUGCCGUCUCCGCCCAUGACCCAACAGGGCGGCUUCAACGACGCCUUCAGCAGCCUCAGCAUAGGAAACAACGCGCCCCGAGCCCCCGCCGCCGCCGACCCCUUUGCCGGGCUGGGAGGCGGGUCUAGCGGGCGGUCCAACUCGCAGACAUCCAGCUCCAACGCUUUCGGCGGGUUGAGCGGAGGUGGCUUCUUCGACGCCAAGCCGUCCGGGCCCGUGGCUCCUCUCCACCAGCAGAGGCCCUCCAACUCUGGCUUCAGCGGGCUCAGCUCGUCGUCGUCGCCUCCUCCGGCGAAGCCCGCUGCGCCGAAGCCCGCCCAAUCCUCGGCCAUGGGCGACCUUUUUGACCUGUCGUCUCCGGUGAGCCAGACGAUGUCGUCCCCACUACCGCAAUCCACGGCACCUCCCGCAUCCACCAGCUCCGUCUUCAACCUCUCCGCCCCCCAGAACAAGCCCGCUCCGCCCCCCGCGGCGACCACGACGUCUGCGAGCGCCUUUGGAGGCAUGGGCAUGGCGGAUCCGUGGGGCGGCAAUGAGUGGGCCACAUCCGCCCCAGCCCCAGCCCCGGCGGCCCCCGCAAAGGCGAGCCCGGAACUGGCCAAGACGACCUCGAGCGGCCUGGGCUGGGGGAGCGGUGGUGCCUUUGCCAGCACGCCCAUCGUGCCGGGCUCCGGCGGCGGCUUCAACCCGGCGCCCAAGGUGACUGCCGACGAGGAGUUUGGCGGCUGGGCGAGCAGCGCGGCGCCCGCGAGCGCCAGCACGGCGGCCCCCAAGCAGUCGGGGUUCGGCGGGGACGACGACCUCUUCUCCAACGUCUGGCAGUAGCAUCGAGGAAUGAUUCUCACAAGAGGGGGGCGGCAUGCUCUAGGCGUUUUGCAUGUUUGGAGUCUAGACAGCAACGUAGGGUAGAAUCAUUCAGUCAAAAACGACGCUGGUCUCAUCCUGCACAGGGC